AUGUUCAGUGGCUCAUGGCUUGGUUCGCGUACGACUAGUGGUCGCCCAGUUCCUAAUAAAGGACAAUCGGUCGCAGGACCAAGCGGAAGAUCCUCACUUGACCGUGAACACACCCCUCUCGUACCCGGUGCACUCCCUGACCCGACCGCUGAUGAAGUCAAGAAACGAGCUCUCACAACUGCCCUCAGCACACCCCAUGAUGCUGUACUCGCAGAGCUGCAUGGUCAUAGACCAGAAUUCGACCCGGCGCCUCAGAUCGACGUACCUGCUGGCGUUAGGUCCGGGGCAGGAGGUUUAGGAGGUGCGGGAACGCUUGGUGCAAAUAGGCUACCGGUGGUGGGAGAGGAUGAAGAGACGGUACUGUCUUCUGCUACAGCAAGUCCGAAUCCCGCGAAUACAACGCCGAAGGUGAAUCAGCAGACACUUUACGAUCCGUUCACAGGUGUUCCGCUAGGCGUCAUCCAACCACGGGGGCUUGGGUCCAGCAGUUCUCCUGGAGGACAGCCCAGCACAAGUUCAGAUGGUGCCAGACAAGAGCUGUGGACACAUCUAGGGAGAAUAAGGGGGUUACAGGCAGACAUUGCGAACAUGCAUAUCACGAUGGAGAGCAUUGGAGAGACUGCGGCAAAGAGGGGAGCAAGGGUUAGGAGGGGGAGUACGGGUGGCGAGAAGCUGAAUGAGGAGGGCCGGGUGGGAGAUAACUGGGAAGGGGACGAUUGGCAAAAGAAGGAUAGGGAUGCGGAGUUUGAGCAGUCGGAGAGCAGGUUCGUGGGCCGAAAGGAAGAGAUUGAUGCAAUUAUGGGGAAGCUCGGCGAACUGUCUGUUGCUCUUGCGACCUUCCACGCUGCCGAAACACCUUCGGUGGACUUCGAGAACUCCUCCCGUUCAAAUACCCAAAAUACUCAACAAUCCUCCGGACCGCCACAUUCACCUUCUUCUCCUAAUCUUCUGGGACCCAAACAUCCAAGCUUAGCGCGUUUAUCCACAGAAGAUUCUGACCCACUUCUCGAUAGCCCUAUCAGCAUGAUGAGCCCGCUACCCAUGGAGAAUUAUAAUCAUACUCAAGAGGCCAGCCACGAUCACUAG